GCACGGGACCCGUGUGCUCCGCUGGAUUGGUCCUCCACAUCAGCGGCUCUCCUCGUUCUCCGUCUGUCACACAGCCAUAGCUAGCUGUCGUAGUACAGACCAGCGUGCCAGAAGAAGGACAAGAAACCUCUCAAUACUACCUUGUACGCACACAUAACACGUUAAGGCACCAAUUCCCCCCGAGGCUCCCGUCUGAUGGAGCAGUGGUUGUCUGUCUUUGUGAAGAGGCACCAUGCUUCCCUGUCAUGUGACCCCCUGGCCCGCUGCUGAACCGCCGGCCUCCUGUGGUCAUGCGCCCCCGGCACAGCCCUCACAACCCCUGCCUGAUCUGCUGUGCAGCUGUCCCGCUCCACCUUUGAACACCCACUCUGAGACGCCCUCCCCAGACCCCAUGGAGUCCCUCAUCGUGGUCACGGAGUACGAACCCAGCAGACCGCCUGGAGAGGCUGGGCAGGAGGAGGUAGAAGAAAUGGACAGCUCUGAGACGCCCGAGCCAGCGUCCUCCAUGGUGGCAUCUUUCCGGACUCCCUCCUGCGACCUGCUGUCCCACACGGUUGGCCGGUCAGAGGCUCUGCUACCCGAAAGCCAAGAGCAAAGGGGAAGAUUAAACAUGUCGGACCGGAAACUAUCUCUGCAGGAGCGCUCACAAACCGCCACAUCGCCCUGCAGCUCUCCGGGACUCAAUGGGCGUUACAUUUACCCGUCGUUACCCUACUCCCCCAUCACAUCGCCCCACUCCUCUCCACGCUUGCCCCGCCGGCCCACCGUGGAGUCCCACAGUGUUUCCAUCACAGACCUCCAGGAUUGCGUUCAACUCAACCAGUACAAGCUGAAGGAUGAGAUUGGAAAGGGCUCCUAUGGUGUUGUCAAGCUGGCCUACAACGAGGAUGACAACACAUACUAUGCAAUGAAGGUGUUGUCCAAGAAGCGGCUGAUGAGGCAGGCAGGCUUCCCACGGAGACCUCCCCCUCGUGGAGCCAAGGCUGUCCCUGAGGGUCUCCCUCAGCCCAAAGGGCCCCUGGAGCGGGUCUAUCAGGAGAUUGCCAUCCUGAAAAAGCUGGACCAUUCUAACGUGGUGAAACUAGUAGAGGUUUUGGACGACCCCAGUGAGGACCAUCUGUACAUGGUAUUUGAGCUGGUCAAGAAAGGGGCUGUGAUGGAGGUGCCGACAGAUAAACCUUUCAGUGAGGACCAGUCACGCUUUUACUUCCAAGAUCUGCUCCGGGGAAUCGAGUAUUUACAUUACCAGAGGAUCAUCCACAGAGACGUCAAACCGUCUAACCUGUUAGUGGGAGAAGAUGGACACAUCAAGAUAGCAGACUUCGGAGUCAGUAACCAGUUUGAGGGGGCUGAUGCUCUCCUGACCAGCACGGUGGGAACACCUGCUUUCCUCGCCCCUGAAGCGCUCUCUGAGACCAGAAAAAACUUCUCCGGAAAGGCGUUGGAUGUUUGGGCCAUGGGGGUGACUCUUUACUGCUUUGUCUUUGGAGUGUGUCCAUUUAUGGACGAGCGCAUCGUUAGUCUUCAUCAGAAAAUCAAGACACAACCUGUGGAGUUACCUGAGCGUGCUGAUAUCUCAGAUGAUCUAAAAGAUUUGUUGCUGAGAAUGCUGGACAAGAAUCCAGAGACCAGAAUAUCAAUCCCACAGAUUAAGGUGCACCCAUGGGUGACGAGGCACGGUGCUGAGCCUCUUCCUCCUGAGGAUGACAACUGUUGUAUGCUGAUUGAGGUGACCGAGGAGGAGGUGGAGAAUUCUGUUAAACACAUCCCCAGCCUGGCGACAGUGAUCCUGGUGAGAACCAUGCUGAGGAAGCGCUCUUUUGGGAACCCUUUCGAUUGGGGACGUAAAGAGGACAGGCAAAUGAUCAGGAAAGGCAAAGCAGGCAAUGUGAGGUACUGCUACAUUCAUUGUAACCAAAGAAGGAAACAGGGGAGCGGUGAUGGCGUGAGGAGUAUGGACCUGCCCUACGUGGGAGAAGACGAGGCUCUUUCCUGAUGCAGAGGGUUCAUUAUGCACGCUGGUUGCUGCCUGCCUGUAACCACACAGCACAACACCCCUUUAGUCACAGUUGUUUUUAUACUGGCAGCCUACACCUGUGUUCAUUCCCUGGGAGGUGGACAAGAAUGGUGGACGCUGAACAAAAAAAAAAAAGAGAAAUUAAGAUCUGAAAGCAACAGUUUGAUUUAUUUCAAAUUUUAGGGUUGUGGGACUUGAGAAUGUCCCUUUGGAACUUUUCCAUGAGAGAAUCCUCCUGAACGUUUAACAUGUCUUUUGCUCUAAUUACCCGACCCACUCUCCUCCUCUUUUCCUGCAUGCAUUUAUUGUCCUCGCAUGCUUCGUCUCAGGCUUCAUCUGUACAGUUUUGUGUUCUAUCGUAGUUAGCCACUUGUGUUUCUCCUUGUCUUUACUUGACAAUUCUUUCAGGUACACGGGGCAUGGGAACAGGCGAUGGAGAUGGUUAACGUGGAAGGAUGGUUGUCUUUGCCAUCACCUCCACGUUUCUCUUUAGUAGAGCAGGUUUUCUUGACAAUGAUUGUCUGGUUCACUCUACUUCAGAGUAGCAGUGGCCAGUUUUUGUAACAUAUUUUAGAGUGAAGAAUCUGUACAGUUUUCCCAAAAUGAAAAAAAAGGGGAGUGAAAAAAUGUUUACUUCAUUGAAUGCAUGUGUUAACGUUCCCAAUGCAAAGACUAUAUAAGCUAUUUAUACACAUUUGCACGCUCAUAGACACAGUUGUUUGACGCAAAAAAAAAAUUGUAUGACUGGCUCUUUAUGAAGGCUCCCAUUUACUGCAAUCAAUAGAAAGCAUUGCAAACUGUUGAUCCAGUGCUUUGUGAGCAGUCAAAUUCGUCAUUACUGCUUACAAGAUAGAAUAGAGAAAUGGGAUUUUCUUCUUUUGCAAAGCUAGUGCUUUUAGUAAACCUUUUUUAUUUGAACAUUGAUAUGAUUUUGAUGUGUUUGCUUUUAUUUUUUAAAUUUAUAGAACAGCUAAUAUAGUAAUGAAGAUACUAAUCUACCAAAUGCAUAUGAGAAAAACAGAAUGUCUAUGUGCAAAGUUAUUCUGUUUGCAACGGUUCGUUUCUCUCCAAUUAUUCGGACAAGCAAGGUUUGUUGUUGUGAUAUUGAGGAACGGAGUUUCAACUGUGUCAUUUAUUUUCUUUCACUAAUUUAUUUGUUUCACCUCUCACAGUGGAUGUUUAUACGAAAAUAAUGAUCAUUGAACCUCAAGUUACAAUUUGUGAAUGUUCUGUUUUGUAUUAUAAGAAUUUCUGUUGUUAAUUUAAAAGCAAACAUUUUCAGGGCACCAAAAAACGUGAAUUAUGUCUAAUUUUGUUACUGUAUAGUACAGUCACUUAAAGAAAACAAACCUUUAAACUAUUUGUUCUUCAUUGAACUUUUAGAGCUGGCUACCGAAGUAAGUUUUGAGAUGGAAGCAUAGUUUAGUCAUAGCAGACUUUUGUACAAAUCUAUGCAUGACAUAUCUGUAGAGGUGCUGAACAUAGAAAGUGUUGUCAUCUUUGAUGGGAAGAGAAGGCCACUCUGCAAAUAUUUCAAAUUCAUUAUAAAGUACUUUUUCUAUGUAUUGAUGUGUUUCACUUUAGAUUAUCCCAAAGCAGUAAAAAAGCAUUUUCCACUUUUGUUCCUUUUGUUGACCUUUAUGUUUUGAGUAUAAGUAUAGAUAAAAGGCAUUUUAUGUGUCUCCAACAUAGAAUAUCGACAAAAUAUUAAUUAUAAGAUGUAAUUAAUGUUACUUCAACACACGUAUUUAAUGUAUGAUAAAGGGACUUUUUUAACUUGCUUAUUGCAUGUCACUCUGAAGUGUCUGUUUUCUAAGACUUGUACUAUGCAUAUGAAGUGUCUCUCUCUGUAUGGUGCAGUGGUACACACUGGCACAUUGUCACGUACAGUGGCUGGAUGAAGAGAGCAUACUGUAUGUGGUUGACUGAUUCUAAUUUUGUUUUUUGCUUAUCUGAUCGGUUUUCGGGAAAGAUAUAACUAAGUUGUAGUCCUUAUUAUGGAGUGCUGAAAAUAGAAACAGGCACUCUGGCUUUAAAUCCCCCCAAAAUGGUUGUACUGUGCUUCUAAAUGAUAUGGCUCAAUGAUUAUAGCCUAUGACCUUUUAAUGUUCAUAAUCAAGCAGAAGAAUUUAUUGAAAAAAAAAUGUCUCAAUUUGUGUUAUACCGUGAAAUGUUACCUCAUUUGCUUUCCACACAUUUAUGAGAGAUUGUACAUUCUGUCAUACUGUAAGUCUCUUUUGUCAUCUAAGAUCAUGUUUUUACCUUGAGGAAAACAACUAAGGUACUUCCCCUUUCGGUUUGAAUAUUUUACCCUCAACAGCCAACAAGAAUGAGGUGAAAAAAAGUUUGUGUCUGACUGCAGGGUGACAGUGCAAGCCACAGAAAAGCUGUAAGAUAAAAUAUUUUAUACAUACAAUAUUUAAACUUGUAGUUUGUUUCAAUCACAUGGUUUUGCAUUCAGCAGUGUAAAGUUAUUUAAUUAAGAGCUUCGGGGUCUCGUUCCCCCUAAAUGCAUGCCAACAUACUGAACUCAUACCACUUUAUUGUCAUAGCAUGAGAGGUCCUUCGCAACAAAAAGGGACCUUUAAAUUAAGUAUUCUAUACAUACUGUAUCUUCAUCUUUGAAUAAAAUAUUAUUGCCUUUC